AUGGCAACCCUUCGUAGUCUUCACGGGUCAGGCCCCGAGCAGCAAGAAUACAAUGACGUUAGGAACCCCUUCAAGAAUAUCCGUCUAUCCAAGAUCCCCUGGGUCAGGAAGCUGCACGGGGCGACGCGUGACCCGCUGUCCCACGUGCCUCUCCUCUCAUCGAACAAGUACAAGAGCCCCGUCUGCCCGGCGACGGGCCGCGUGUUCUGCGCCGAGUGCCAGGAGGCCCGCCGGAGCCGCCGACCGACCUUCAACAGUCGCCUCUCCCUUCUCUUCAAGCCCAUGUGGUGCAGCGGGUGCGAACGCCGACACGUGGCGGCUGACUUCUCGCCCUCGCAGCGCACGCAGCCGGACGCGAGCCGCGUGUGCGUCGGCCGUCAGGGCUACCGCACCGUAUGCUCCCACCUGAAGAUCCGCUUCGACACGCUCACCCUCAAUAUGCCCAUCGACGACGGUGAGUGGCGUGCCGACAGGUCCGUCAUCGUGUGCUGCGGUGACGAGGUCCACAACCUCGGCUCGGUAGGCAUCCUGUCCUGUCCGCUCGAGGUCAUCGACUUCUCCGUCACCGAGACCCGCUGCGGUCCGGGGCCCGACGAGGAGAAGAAGAAUCACGUCGCCCUGAUCGAGUGGGUCGCCACGCUGCCGCCCAAGCCCCUCGAUGAUGUGGAGUCCCUCGAGAAGGAGGCCGCGGACCUCAUCGAAGGCCUGUUUGCCGCAUCCCCGAGGUCGUUCGGCCCUCUGUGGACCACGUCUCCCGAGGGCCUCCGCGAGAUGGAGAGCUAUGUCAACAAGGGCUAUGAUGGGGACACGGUGUGCCUCAGCAUCGGCAGCAUCGCCCCCAGCGGCUCCCACAUUGAGGUGUGGCCCGAAACCUACAACUCGAUACCGCCCGGGUCCGGCUCCGGCUCCGGCGAAUCCGCCGAGGUCUGUCAGAUCCCCAGCCACAUACGGUUCUCGUGUACCUUCGACUUCGACUGCAAGGAUGCCUGCUCACCCGGCUGGAUCACCCAGCUGGACCCCGACAGCUACGACCACUUCGCCGACCCAGCCACCAAGAACAUCACGUGGUGCGACGACAGGAGUUGCGCCACGUCGUUCGAGCUGAUCCAGAACAAGGCUCUCAGGGAGCUCUCCCACAAGACCAACGUCGAGUACUCUUCCUCUUCUCUUCAGCGGGCCACUCUCAGGCGCAUGUUUGAGGAAAAGGCCCAGCUUCUGAGGCGUUGGUCCGGUGGGUGGGAUCGACGUGACCGGUACCAAUACAGGGAUCCGCGAGGGAGAGGAAACCGGGUAAUCACUUCAGCGUAA